CUACAAUAAAUUAUAAAUUAAUAUUUGGCAAGCCGGAGAGAGAGGCCCAACUGACUAUCAGGGUAUGAGGGCCAUCAUCUAACAUUGACAAAGAUCCAGUAUUGGAACAAGUUAAAGUUCUUGCUGGACCUGUUCUGGAUGGUGUUUACACAAUUUAUGAUGGAGAUAGCAGUCUUAUGGCAUCCCAAAAUAUACCACCAAUAGAACUUCAUAAUAUUGGAUCAGUUUCUUCAUUCGUGGAAAUAGAUAUGGAUCCUGCUGAUAGCCAAGAGAACAAUAGCGAACUACCUACAUAUUUCACCAAUGAAAGGGCAAAUUUGAAAAAGAAACCACACCGUUUAUUGACAUGUAAACGGAAACUAGAAACUGAAACUAAACAGACAGUUACUGAAAAAUUUAAAUUACUUGCGACUGUGAAAAUGGACUUACUGGAGCUACAGAAGGAGUUGGUCAAAACCCAGCUGCAAGAGGAACAAGAUCAAGCGGAGCAUAACCGUAUGAUGAGAGCAAUGGAGAUAGAGGAUGCAGAGUAUAACCGUAUGAUGAAAGCAAUGGAGACAGAGAAUGCAGAAAAAAAGUAUAUACACGAUGAAAAGCUUAGAGAGAUGGAGAUGGAAGAAAUGAAAAGGAGAAACGAAUUUAAUGAAAAAAUGAGGCAAUUUUAA